AUGUCUCCGCUGCCCCGCAUCGUGCUCCUCCUCACCGUCGUCGUCGCCGCCGCCGCAGUGGUCACGGUGUCAGUCAUGUCGCUCAGCGGCGCGGCGAACGACCUACUCCCCAAGUACGGCCUCCCGAAGGGGCUCAUCCCGGACUCCGUCGCCUCCUACAGUUUCGACGAGGCCACGGGCGCCUUCGAGAUCCACCUCGCCGGCACCUGCUACGUCCACUUCGGCUCCCACCUCGUCUACUACGAGAGGACCAUAACCGGCAAGCUCUCCAAGGGCGCCAUCUCGGACCUAUCCGGCGUCCAGGCCAAGAAGCUCUUCCUCUGGGUCUACGUCACGGGGAUGGUCGCGCACCCCGACCAGGGCACCAUCGAGUUCCAGGCCGGCUUCAUCUCGGAGUCGCUAUCGGCCUCGAUGUUUGACGAGGUGCCCACCUGCGGUUCCAGUGUUGGCGCGCAGCUGCGCGGCGCAGCUGGGGUGAUCGACGACCUUGGGCUGCUCCCCGUUGCACAGGUAAGGGGGGUGUUGGGGCGCUUCGCGGCGGAUGGGCGUGCGGGUCCUGCCGUGAUUCACGGAGGGGGAGUGCUGCGUGCGGGUGGCGUGCCUAUGGUAGGCAAGGCGUGCAUCGUGGCGGGCGUGCGGGAGAAGCGGCUGGAGGCGAGCUGGAUUCGUGGCGGGUGUUACACGCUGGCGGGGGCAGUCUACAAACCAGGCUUAAUAGUUAGUACAUAA